GAAGCACAACGCCCUGCCCAAAUUAAGCAAUGUAUUCAGCACGAGCACUCGCCUGCCUUUUUCUACCUAGCAACAUUUUACGUAUUUCCAACCAUGCAGAUUAACAUUGCCUUUGCCGCUUGCAUUGUCGCCGCCGCUGCCACUACUGUUGCCGCCCAAGACACCUUGACCUCGACCACCUCGACCACCACUCCCGCCGGAGUUAACUAUACUCCUGGCGGUAUUGACACUGGCAGCAUGGCUCCCCCGUCUUUCUCGCCGCUGGCCAACGUCAACAGCCACUUGGCGCGCAUGGUCUCGUUCCUCGACAUGUCCCGCAUAUCCAAUGUCGAGACCACGUCCCCGGUGAUGCUCACCACUGUGUUUGACCCGGCAAUCAACAAGUUCACGCACCUGACGCUCAACGUCAUGCAGACGAGCAACGGCGCUUACUACCUGCCCGUGUGCGCUGUGGACUCGAUUACCGCUGCUGGCCCCGACCAGGUUGCGUCGACCGACAGCUGCCAGUUUGGCAUCCAGAUGUCCUCUGUUCCAGCCAAUGUUGUGCGCACAAAGCUCGGCGCGGUGCAAAGCCUGUUCCGCGCAAUCAGAAGCGCUGCAAGCCACCCGGUGUUCAAUAUCGGUGGAUUUUAAUCACCAGCACGACCAGCCCCCAGUCUGGUGCUAGCGCUGGCAUGCAGGCCAUGUAACACUGGCAUAUGUGUAGUAUAAUUUUUCUGUUUGCUUGCUUUUUUCAAUAUGAACAAAACAGAAAAUGUUG